AUGUCGAGCAAAAGGGCAAAGGGAAAGACCACCAAGAAGCGCCCCCAGCGUGCUACCAGCAAUGUGUUCGCUAUGUUUGACCAGUCUCAGAUCCAGGAGUUCAAGGAGGCCUUCAACAUGAUCGACCAGAACCGUGACGGGUUUGUCGACAAGGAGGAUCUGCACGACAUGCUGGCCUCACUGGGUGAGUAUCUUAGCUAGUCCCUAAAACCCCCUCUGCUGAUCUGAAAUCAGUUCAUUGUUUUCUCUUGGACUUUGUUUAUUUCACUCAAUGUGAAACAGAGGCACUUAGCUUCACAUUCCAGGUCAGGCAUCAUCUGUACUACGAAGGUGGAUAUUGCUUGUCCGCCUGCUGCUAACUCUAGCAGGCUUGUCACAUGGCUAGUCGAACGCCAAACUGUCGCUCUAAAUGAAAAAAGUUAGUUUGCAAAUUCAGCAGGCUAUGGUGUGAAAUGGGGUUUUAGAAAUGCUGUCUUGUUGCAUUGUGGCCAUAGACAUAUAAUCCAUAGAAGGGUUUUGAAACCUCUAACCCUGGCAAUUUGACUGUUAAACUCAUGGGUACACUGGCUGCCAGUCUUGACUUGAAUGGGAACUGCUGUCUAUGGUUGGUUGCAGCUGUAAGUUUACCUUUUGCAAUAUUUCAAAAUACAAUCGUGUGAAAUGUACAGUUUGGAAAGCAAAUGCUCUAAUGUGUAAUGUGAUGGGUAUCUUUUACAUUUGAUUAAUAAAAUAUUUAAUCAUUCGUCUUCCUUAAAUGAAGGGAUGAUAACACAAUCUUGGUGAGAGGGAGGGUAUCUGAUGUCAUUGGUCCUUAACUCGUGGCUCAGACACCUCAUUCAGGAUAAAUGGAGUUAGCUGUGAGUUAGCCUGCCCCGGAGCAGGUUAGUUCUAAAGGAUUCGAUGCCAUAGAAAUGUACCUGGCUAAAAGGUGAGCCACAUUCGUGUUACCGGUUAUCCGGAGUUACCUCGCUAACUCCUCAAACCUGAUUUUGUAGUAUGGGGGAAGACACUCCCACCAAAAUAAUAAUAAAAGACAACUGGGUGCUCUACCUCAAUCUGUCAAACAAUUGAUCAAGAGAAUCAUUGAAGGGGGAGCUUAACAAACACACUCAAGAGAUACCUGAGCUGGUGUUAGGAGUGGUAUUCUAUUGAAACAGUCAUGCAUUAAUAAAGAGCAGGUGUUUUUCCAUCAACAUUCCCUACACCCUGUUCCCAUUGUUUUAUAUGAUUGAAACCAUUUAUGACAAUGUUAUUGUAGAACUAGGUUACUGGUAACAGGAAGUUGCAAUCUGUUCUAAUGUGGCACUGUGAUUCAUUCUCAGGGAAGAACCCGUCUGAUGAGUACCUGGAGGCUAUGAUGACUGAAGCUCCUGGGCCUAUCAACUUCACCAUGUUCCUCACCAUGUUCGGAGAGAAGCUCAACGGUACAGACCCUGAGGACGUCAUCAGAAACGCUUUUGCCUGCUUCGACGAAGAGGGCACAGGUAAGAUCAUCUUUGGGGAAACGUUUUUAGAGAAUUAGCCUAAGUGAAAUGGGCAUGAUGUCAUGUUGGUGGCUGUGUAGAUCCAUGCUGUGUAGAGAACAAAGUUCCUGAGUUGUUUGCUUUUCAAGAUAUGACUCAGCUGGGUAGACUGGACUAGCUUCCUCAGUGCUUCUGAGAUAGUAAUGUGUGGGCUGUUCAAUAACUGUUGGUCCUGUGGGUUAAGCCAUAGCUCCCAGGGGUUCAGGCUGAAAAAUAAUAAUGAAACCAGGUCAAUAUGGAAUAUUCAUGCUUACAAAAAUACACACAGGACGUUUUUGUUUUAUUUCCUUGAAAGGAUCGCUACCCGUAACUUCCUUUCAAAAUACCACCCUUGAGCGUACUACAUGUUCCUUAAAUGGAUUGUAAAUACAAAGAUGCUUUCUGUGAACUUUGCUCAAAUCCGUUCAGGUUGUGUUUUUGUGUUGGCCAAGCGCAGGUCAUUUUAGAAACAGCUGAUGUGUUGAGUGUGAUUCAACAUAACUAACCCAUGCAUACCCGCCUGGGGGAAGUACCCAUGGGCAUUUUCGCAUACCUGUCUGUCACGCUGUCUGUCCUCAGGUGUCAUCCAGGAUGAAUACCUCAGAGAGCUGCUGACCACCAUGGGCGACCGCUUCACAGACGAGGAAGUGGAUGAGCUCUUCAGGGAGGCGCCCAUUGACAAAAAGAGUAACUUCAACUACGUGGAGUUCACACGCAUCCUAAAACAUGGAGCCAAGGACAAGGACGAUUAA